CCCCGCCCGCCGCACCGCGCCCACGCCCCCGGCCCGGCCCGGCCGCCGCACCCCGCCCCGGCCGGCCCCUCUAGCAUGGUGCGGGGCCGCCGCCGCCUCGUCCUCCGGCUGCCGACAUGGGCGAGAGGCUGGAGCUGCGGCUGAAGUCGCCCGUGGGAGCCGAGCCCGCCGUGUACCCCUGGCCGCUGCCCGUCUACGACAAACACCACGAUGCUGCUCAUGAAAUUAUUGAGACAAUUCGGUGGGUCUGUGAAGAAAUCCCAGAUCUCAAGCUUGCCAUGGAAAACUAUGUUUUAAUUGACUAUGAUACAAAAAGCUUUGAGAGCAUGCAGAGACUGUGUGACAAGUACAACCGAGCCAUCGACAGCAUCCACCAGUUGUGGAAGGGGACGACGCAGCCCAUGAAGCUGAACACGCGUCCCUCCAACGGGCUCCUGAGGCACAUCCUGCAGCAGGUCUACAACCACUCGGUCACAGACCCCGAGAAACUCAACAACUACGAGCCCUUCUCCCCCGAGGUCUACGGAGAAACUUCCUUUGACUUGGUGGCCCAAAUGAUCGAUGAGAUUAAAAUGACGGAGGAUGAUUUGUUCGUUGACUUGGGCAGUGGUGUGGGGCAGGUGGUGCUUCAAGUGGCUGCAGCCACAAACUGCAAACAUCACUACGGAGUGGAGAAAGCUGAUAUUCCAGCCAAGUACGCCGAGACGAUGGACAGAGAGUUCAGAAAAUGGAUGAAAUGGUAUGGGAAGAAACAUGCAGAAUACACACUGGAAAGAGGUGACUUCCUCUCAGAAGAAUGGAGGGAGAGGAUUGCAAACACAAGUGUUAUUUUUGUGAAUAAUUUUGCCUUCGGGCCUGAGGUGGAUCACCAGCUGAAGGAGCGCUUUGCGAACAUGAAGGAAGGUGGGAGAAUUGUGUCCUCAAAACCUUUUGCACCUCUAAAUUUUAGAAUUAACAGUCGAAACUUGAGUGAUAUUGGCACUAUCAUGAGGGUUGUGGAGCUGUCACCACUGAAGGGCUCCGUGUCCUGGACGGGGAAACCAGUCUCCUACUACCUGCACACGAUUGACAGAACCAUACUUGAAAACUAUUUUUCUAGUCUCAAAAAUCCAAAACUCAGGGAGGAACAAGAGGCAGCUAGACGUCGUCAACAACGAGAAAACAAAAGUAACACAACGACUCCAACGAAGGUCCAAGAAAACAAGGAUUCUGGUGCUGAAGAAGAAAAAGCUGCAGCGAAUUCUGUUAAAAAGCCAUCUCCCUCCAAGGCCCGGAAGAAGAAGCUGAGUAAGAAAGGCAGGAAAAUGGCAGGGAGGAAACGAGGGCGGCCCAAGAAAAUGAACACGGCGAGUACUGAGCGCAAGACCAAGAAGAACCAAACUGCACUAGAACUUCUGCAUGCUCAGACUGUCUCCCAGACAUCUUCAUCCUCUCCUCAGGAUGCCUACAAGUCACCUCAUAGCCCAUAUUACCAACUACCUCCUAAAGUGCAACGGCAUUCGUCCAACCAGCUCCUGGUGACACCCACCCCCCCUGCACUACAGAAGCUGCUAGACUCCUUUAAGAUCCAAUACAUGCAGUUCAUGGCAUACAUGAAAACUCCUCAGUACAAAGCAAGUCUGCAACAGUUACUGGAGCAGGAAAAGGAGAAGAAUGCUCAGCUGCUGGGGACAGCCCAGCAGUUAUUCACCCACUGCCAGGCCCAGAAAGAGGAAAUCAAACGCCUGUUCCAGCAGAAGCUUGAUGAGCUGGGAGUUAAAGCUCUGACAUACAACGACCUGAUCCAGGCUCAGAAGGAAAUCUCUGCUCACAACCAGCAGCUGAAAGAACAGACAAAACAGCUGGAGAAGGACAACAGUGAACUCAGGAACCAGAGCUUGCAGCUGCUGAAGGCUCGGUGUGAAGAACUGAAGCUGGAUUGGUCAACACUGUCACUGGAGAACUUACUGAAAGAGAAGCAGGCCUUGAAGAAUCAGAUUUCUGAGAAGCAAAAGCACUGUUUGGAACUGCAGAUCAGCAUCGUGGAACUUGAGAAGAGUCAGCGGCAGCAGGAGCUGCUGCAGCUCAAGUCCUACACGCCCUCAGAGGAGCCCCUGUCAGUGCAGCUGCACAGCAAAAGCCACCUGAGCCGUGACCCCGAGGCUGAGCACGGCAGGUUCCAGCUGGAGCUGGAGUGCUCCAAGUUCCCCAUGCCCCACAUCAAUGGCAUGAGCCCCGAGCUGUCCAUGAACGGCCACGCCACCCCCUACGAGCUCCAGCACGCCUUCAGCCGGCCCUCGUCCAAGCAGAACACCCCCCAGUACCCCAACUCCCACCUGGACCAAGACAUCGUGCCCUGCACCCCCAACCACAGCAGCAGGCAGAAGGCAGACAAGGUGACCAGCCUGUCCCUCCCUGAUUACACCAGGUUCUCCCCUGCUAAAAUCGCCCUGCGCAGACACUUGAAUCAGGACCACGGCGUCAAUGGAAGAGCAACAGCUAAUGAGAUACAGAGAGCUGAACAUGUCAAAGAGAAUGGCCUUACAUAUCCAAGCCCUGGAAUUGCAAAUGGCAUAAAGCUGAGUCCUCAGGAAACUCGGCCCUCCUCCCCCGCGGCCUUACCCAGUGCAGGAGAGAAGGUUUUGAGAGAGAGAACCUCUGUGAGUAAUGGAGAAACUAUCACCAGCCUCCCUAUCAGUAUUCCUCUGAGCACAGUGCAGCCCAAUAAACUCCCUGUUAGUAUCCCUCUGGCCAGCGUAGUCCUACCUAGCCGUGUUGAGAAGGUGAGAAGCACACCCAGCCCAGUUCACCAGAGCAGAGACUCAUCGACACUUGAAAAGCAGAUUGGUGCUAGUUCUCAUAAUGGCAUAAGCAAUGCUGCUGGAAACAAGCCUCUGGCUUUGGCUACCUCAGGUUUUUCUUACUCUUCUGGCUCCGUGGCAGUCAAUGGAAAUCUUACAAACAGCCCAGCCCAUCUUAACCAUAGUGUUGAUCAGGCAGCUCUGGACGACUCUGGGAGUCUCUUUAACUCUGUAGGGUCUCGGAGUUCCACUCCACAACAUCCUUUGCUAAUGAUGAGGAACUCUGGGCAGAACUCCCCUGCUCAGCAGCACUCGAGCCCCCGCUUAAGUGGCCCGGCCCAGAGCCUGGCAGGGGGACUGCAGAGUGCAGAGGCUCAGAAGAUCUUUGCCGAAGGAACAAAGGGGGACCUGCAGUCUGAUGCAGCGUUUUCAGAUCCUGAGAACGAGGCCAAGAGGAGAAUCAUCUUUACAAUCUCUCCUAAUACAGGACAUGUAAAACAAUCCCCUUCCAGCAAGCACAGCCCCGUGCCCGGCAGCGCCCGGCCGGAGGGCGGCCAGGCCCACGCGCAGGACGGGAAGAAGCGGGGCCGGCGGAAGAGAUCCUCCACUGGGAAUGCCAGCGGGAACGCCGCCGUCUCCCCGAAACGCAAACCCCUGCCCUCGGUGGCCGGGCUCUUUACGCAGCCCUCGGGGUCACCGCUCAAUAUCAACUCCAUGGUCAAUAACAUUAACCAGCCCUUAGAAAUAACAGCCAUUUCCUCUCCUGAAAACUCCCUGAAGAACUCUCCUGUUCCUUACCAGGACAAUGACCAGCCCCCAGUGCUGAAAAAAGAGAAGCCCCUCGUUCAGAGCAACGGUGUCCAUUACUCCCCCCUGACAUCGGAUGACGAGCAGGGCUCUGAGGAUGAGCACAAUAGCAGCAGAAUUGAGAGGAAAAUUGCAACAAUAUCAUUGGAAAGCAAAUCUCCACAGAAGACUGUUGAAAAUGGUGGCAGCAUAUCGGGGAGGAAACAAGCACAAAGCAACGAGAACAUGAACAGCAGCAAAUGGAAAUCAACUUUUUCACCGAUAUCUGACAUCAACCUGACCAAAACCACAGACAGCCCCUUGCAGGCCGUGUCAGCUCUGAGCCAGAACUCCCUGUUUGCCUUCAGGCCGCCCCCCGAGGACGGGCUGCCCAUGGACACCAAGGUCCCGGGACACCCCAGGAAGAGCCUGGCAGUGCCCUCGGAUGGGCUGAGCCCUGGCACAAACCCCCCCAAUGGCUUCAGCUACAACGGGGGCCUGCCCUCCGAGCUGGGCCUGCACGGCUUCAUGGACGGCGCUGCUCUCCCACACAAAGCUGGGGAUGGUUCUGCUCCCAACUGCUCCCUGGGCUUCCCCUCGCAGCGAGGCAAGGACCUGGGGGUGUCGGACACGAACCUGUUCCUGAACAAGAGGCAGCUGGAAGCUCUGGGCGCCAAGGGAGAAGAGCUGAGCCGGCCGGGGGUGAAGGGCAAAGAGCUCAGCGAGCUGAGCGCCCGAGCGGGGGGGUCUGUGGAGAAAAACUCUGUGCAGCACAACGGGAAGGUCGGCAAGGGAAGGGACCGAGACGUGGAGUUUAAAAAUGGCCACAACCUUUUCAUUUCUGCUGCUGUUUCGUCUGGUGGCCUUCUGAAUGGUAAAAGCCUUUCUACUGCUGUUUCCUCAGCAGGGAACCCAGCGCCGUCUGUCCCGACGCACCAUCCUUUCCUCAACACUCUGACCACUGGAUCACAGUUCCCCCUCGGCCCCAUGGCCUUGCAAGCAAACCUCAACUCGGUGACAAAUUCCUCAGUAUUGCAGUCCUUAUUUAAUUCAAUGCCAGCUGCUGCCAGUCUGGUCCACGUGUCAUCAGCUGCAACCAGACUGACUAAUUCUCACACUAUGGGGAACUUCUCUCCUGGGGUUACAGGUGGAACAGUUGGAGGUAUUUUUAACCAUGCGGUGCCUUCUGCCUCCUCUCCUCAUCAAUUUGGAGCCAGUUUCAGCAGCAGUGCUGUCUCUAGCAGCACCGUGCUAAGCUUAAACCCUCUGCAGGCUGUUGCCAGCACCUCAUCCUCAUCAUUCCCACCCUCUUCCUCUAAUUUAGUAACAUCUAGUGAGAGUAGACCUGCUCAGCACCUCAACAGAGCUCCAGUGCAAUCUGUCUUCCAUCCCCCUCCGCCCCCUCCUAACGUGUCCUUGCCUCCCCCUCCUCCUUUACUCGCUUCUAACUCCGAGCCUGCUCUCCUGCAGAACCUGCCCUCCAUCCCUCCUGGCGAGACGUUCCUGCCCUCCUCCUCUGCUCCUGUCCAGUCUAACUCUUCUUUGUCUAUUAAACUGGCUUCUCUCCAGCACAAACCCUCCCGCCCGUCCUUUACAGUCCAUCACCCGCCCCUGCCCCGCGUGCUCCCGCAGCCCAACGCCGCUGGCACGGCCGCUAUGUGGGUGACCCUUGGCAUGCAGCCUCCUUAUGCUUCGCACCUUUCGGGGGUUAAGCCACGAUAAAGAGCUUGCUUAGCUAACAGUUCUUGUUUUGUAAGGUAACUAGGAUUUCUACCUCAACCCAAUGUGACCUAUGCAAGGACAACGUGGACCAACUUCACUCGGCUUCCACUGAAAGGUGCUCACCUGGCCUGUGCAGGGGUUUCUACUCUUACUACUGGACAAAAUAAAAACCAUAAAAAAGACCUAAACAACAGAGCAAACAUUUACUGUGAAUCUGACUAAAAAAAAAAGGAAAAAAGGCAAAAAAAAAAAAAAAAAGGCAAAAGAAAUGCUUAAAGCUCCAGUUUGUAUUGUUGAUAGUUUAGAUAAAGUAUUUAUCUUUUUUUUAAAGUGAAAACAAUUUUGACUUAUUUUAUUCCACCUAGAUUCAUAAAUACAAGUUAUUAUUAUGAAAUUCUCUGAAUACUAAAGGACUGGCACACCAGCAGAGAUGUAAAAGAGCCUCCUCGGUGCUAUUUUGUCCGUCAGAACUGUGCCUCUGGUUUGAAUCCUUGGUGCUGAUUUUGGGGGGUUGACCAAUGCCAAACCCAGUUUUUAAAGGUCUGCAGAUUAUUUAUUCCCCUGACUGUUGUUCAUAUCCCAAAAUCCUCUUGGUUGGCAGCCGGGGCUGACAGAGGAAGGAAUUCUCCCCCUUGGGGGUUUGGUUCAGACUGAGCCAGGCGCUUUUAACUGGGUGGGUUUUAAUUGAGUUUGUGACUAACGAGGGCUCUGUGCUCCCCUCUGGGGCCGCCUGGGCAGGCACAGCUGGAACAGGAGAAAUCCAAGUCCUGCCCCAUCCAAACUACUUCCCUGGGCCAUUUGCAGUUGCUGGUGGCGCUGGGGUCACUGUGAAUUUUGGUAGCUGGUCUGGCAACUCGCUUUGGUGUUUGAACAGGGUGUGUGCUGGUGCAGCCCUUUCUUUCCCCAGCCUUGGGAAGGCUGAACGUUGUGUUUCUGUCCUGCUGCAGGCUGCAGAGUUUGCUCAGCUCGUCGUUUUUUCGUUCCAAGCACGACGUGUUUCGUUGGUAGGGUUUUGAUACUUGACUCCGACCCGGCUUGGCCGUGUACGUGGAUUAACAAGGUGCAUUUUGCUUUUGUGUUCCUUUGCUUUUGAGUAGGUUCUUGAAUGGUAGUUCACAAAAACACCCUGACCUGGCUGCCUGUGCUGUCACUGCCCCCUGGGGCAGGCACUUGCGUCGUGUGUGCAGGAAGGGCCGAUUUUAUAGAGCUGUGAUGAAAACUUCUAAGUUUCCUAUGCUUUAUUUCCUUUGGUUUUAGUUUGUACAAUGCACAAUGAACCUGUAAAAACUUAUUUAUUUAAGUGCACAAAAUGAGGAGGAGAAGGAGGAUCCAUUUCAGGAGGAUCAGGCUGGUCUGAGUUCAGGCCGGGCCAAGCACCAAUAAAGAAAACUACAGUAGAAAGGGGAUUGCAACAGCAAAAUGACUGGAAAAAAAAUCACAUUCAGGCUUUGGAAAACACCUCCCUGCUGACCCUGGUGCUCAGAGGGGCAGCACUGUCUUUAAAUCCCUUCUGGUGAGUCUCCCACUGCAGAAGUCAGGCCCUGGCAGGAGCUCCAGGGAGCACCCCGGGGUCACAAACAGCUGCUCUGGGUUUGGGGUCAGUGAGGUCCCUGUGCCCUCCUGGGCUCUCCUGCCUGGAUCCAGCAGGGUUGGAAGUGUUUGGAGAGGGGGUCAGUGGCUGCAGCAGCUCCCACCCUCUGCAGGGCUCAGCUCUGUGCCUCAUCCCGGGCAGUCUUAGAGGGAUUUAGGACCAAGUGCAGUUGUUCUGUGGAUUCCUGAGUGUGUCUUCCAUGGGAGCCUCUGUGUGCAGCCUCUGGGGUCUGGCUUUGCCUCCUUAUCCACUGGGAAGGGACUGAAAGCCCUGGGAGUUGGGGGUAUUUUGGAAUGUUUUCUGCUUUGUUUGGGACAGGGUGUGUCCUACUGAGGGACUGGCAGCACGAGGAAAACCUGGAAAAGGGCAGGAAUGCUCAGAGGGUGAGAGGAACAUCCAGUAGCUUCUCGUAGGAGCCAAACACAGUGUAUGUCCUGGAAUCCAGGAGCACAGUAACCCAGAUGUUUUGCAGCUGGGAGUUGGGCAGCUCCAGCUUCUUCCCCAGCACACAGCAGAGUGCUGGGGCCUCUGGAGACUGUAAAUGAGUGAUUGCUGGAGGGGCAGCAGCCUUAAUUAAUUUCCUAAUUACCUCUCCCCCAUCGUUUAUAUCUCUGGUGAAAGAGAGAGAGGAGGAAAUUCAAGUAGAAGCUUUUCAUCCCCCUGAUUUUAUCAGAGCCUUUCCUGCAGAGGGACCAGCAAAUGGUGCCCCUUGGAGCUCUUGUGCCUCCCUUCACCUCCAGCCACAGAGAUCCAGGAAGAAAACUCAGCUGCCAUCCCUGUCCUGGUUUGGGUGGUGCCCAAGGCACUCCCAGGAUUCCUGCUGGAGAAGGAACCAACCCACAGAUCCCAUGGAACCCUCAGCUCCCAGCCGUGCUCCAGGCCUGGGUCUCCUGUGUCACCCACCCUGCUGGCACCUGACACUCCCUGGAUGGUGAGGAGGGACAGAUCCCUGUGGGAAUGAUGUGCUCUGCAUCCAGCAGCUCAGGAGUUCUGGGGAGCCAGGCUGAGCUGUCAGGGAGGUCAGGGUGGCCUGGCCACUGUCUCCUCCCAGCUGGACUCGCUGAUCUGAAAGAUCUUUUCCAACCUGAACAAUUCUGAUUCCAGGACCCUUUGGAGCAGAGGCCUUGGGUGAGGAGUUUGUCCCCUGCUCUUUGCUGGGUGCUGUGGAAAAGCAAAGCCUGUCUGUGCCUCGGUGUCACCUUUGGUCACUGCCUUGGUGGCCAGCCAGUGUCCAAGGCAGGGCUGGCUCAGGAGCAGCCUUGGCAACGGGCAGCACAAGCCCUGGAGCUCAGCACUCACCUGUGACUGAGCCCUGCCACCCCCAGGAUUUUUGAGUCUCUGACUCUCCAGAUGUUAUCCAGGAAGGCUCAAGGGAAGCAGACCCAGGAGUGAAUCUUUGGGGCUCCUGGAAAGGGAUCCAGUCUACCUGAGCAUCAGCCUUCCCCUGCCUGUGCACCACUGCCUGCUGGCAUCCCAGUGCCUGCUGUUCCCCCCUGCCAUCCCACACUGCUGGGCUCUGGAGCUGCUCUGGCCUUGCUGGUGUCUUCCCCCACCCCAGGCCCUGCACUGUAACUGCUCCUGGUCGUGAUUCCCAGAUUGUGCUUCCAGAGGGGCCCUGCUCGGCACUGAGCUGGGAAGCCAAGGGGGCAGUUUGGGGCUGAGCUGGGAGAUGUUUUUGCCAAGAGAUUCCUGGUUUUGUCUUCCCUCUCCCUGACCUUUUAUUGCUUUGCCAUGAUCUGGGGCAAGAUCAGCUUAAAAUCGUGGACUCACAGAACAUCCUGAGUUGGAAGGGACCUGGAGGAUCAUUGAGUCCAGCUCCUGGCCAGUCUCCUACUGCUCUGUCUGCACAUUGGGAAGAGCUCUCACCUGGCUGAAGGCAGACCUUGGAGCUGCUGGGAUCUGAUCCAUGUGGCCACAGCUGUGACCCUGCUGCUGGAACACUGAGCCAGGAGCUGCAACCUGUUUGCAAUAAUUGAAGAUCCUCUGGAGCAAUCAAAGGCAAACAGUUCCAAAAAAGAGAAUUUCUCCUGCUGGUGCCAGGUCCAGUCCUUCCGGGGCUGUCACACAAUUCCCCCUCCUCCACGCCCCUGCUGCCAGCAAAGGACUCGCCAGGAAGCAAAAACACAUCUUGGAGCAAGUCUGCUGCCAAAAAAAUGGAACUUCCUGAGUGCUGUGCUGAGGAAAACCUGUCCCUGCUGCUGAAUGUCAGCCUUGAGGAACAAGACUUGCAUGGGCUCUUCCUUUCUUGGGCAUUUGCCACCUCUGGCUCGCCAGGCCCAGUCCCCUGGGACCCACGGUGCUGGGAGGGCUCCAAAGGCACCGGACCUAAAUUUGGGAUUUGCUGCAGAUGAGUAAUUCAGCAGCAAUUCUUCUUCCAUCAGGCAGGGAUGUGGGGACACCCAGAAGUUGGAUUGCUGAGGGAGAGAGUGGGAAAGCUGAGGCUGUAGAGGCUGGAUCCGAGCUGGUGCAGGGGGUGAGGGGCAUUGGAGGUGUCCCUCCAUCCCCUCUUGGCUUGGCACAAACGAGGCUCUUCCCUGCAGGAAGGUGUGGAUCAGUCUGGACAACCAGGGAGCAUCUUCACCUCAGUGCAGUUGUGGAUGCAGUGGGAGAGAGGAGGAGGGAAGCAGCUUUUUAGGGAAGCAGCAGGGAGUGCAGCACAUCCUCACUGCCCUGGCAUUCUGGGAUGAGCUCAUCUCCAGCUCCUUCUGAUCACCAGGAAUUUGUGUCUCCUUGGCCACACAGACCAGAAAUUCUUGUGCUUCCAUCUCUUUACUUUCCUUGCUGUUGGGGACAGCACUUUAUCUUCCAGUGCAGCCUUUGUGCUCCCUUUGCUCUUGGCUGGGGUUGGGCCCUGGGCUCAGCCUGCCAGGGAAGUGGGAUUCCCACUCACUGCUGGGAUCAAGCUGAGCUUGGAGGGUCUGAGUCUGGGAUCACACCCACAGUCCCUGAAGUCCUGCAGGCAGGAAGGUGACAUCCCUUGGUCAUGAAUGGAUUUGUUCAUCUCUUCUUGAAUCCAGAGAUUCCAAAUCCCCAGGACUUGACACUCCUUAGUGUGAAACUCGCCCAGCUCUGGGUCACACUCAGUUCAGCAGAGUCACUUUCUUCUUUCUUUAGUCAAAUUUGAUCCUUGAGGAAGUCACUUGAGCUAUUGCAGCCUGGGAGUGGAGAGGUUUCCAGUCUGAUCAGCUCUUCCAUCCCACCUGGAAACAUCCAGCUGCAGCAUUGCUCCAGGGCUGCUUGGGGCUGUGUGCCUGCCCUCACCCCUGGGGACAAGUUUCCUUCUGAGACGUGUGCUGGGGUCACUUCUUCAGCCUUCUUUGGGGUUGGACUAAAUGGCCUUUAAAGGUGCUUUCCAAUGUUCCCAAACUCUUCUGAUUCCCUGCACAGACACAUCUGGGAGGAGGUGGGUGAGAGCCAGACCUGCCUCACCUGCUGCUCCUGCACCUUCACCCCAGCCCUGUGGGGUACAACAGUUGGCAGCUCAGGUGCUCCCCAUCACAGUGGAUUUGCUGCCUGUGGUCGUUGUUUCCAUCUCAUCCCAGCCUUCCCUUGGAAGAAGGACCUGGAUCUUCCUGCUCUGCUGGGCUGCCUCUUCCAGGUCUUUUCCUGUGGCCAUGGACAGGCAGCCCUGGGGUUUGGUUCUUGCUGCGAUUGUGUGUUCAGAAAGCAGCAUCUGCUACCCCCACUUGGUAUUUUUCCAUUUGGAGGAGAGUCCAGGCAGAGGAGAGGCCGAGGGAGUGGUGGCAGGGACAGGUUGGUGGUGCAGAGCUGCUGGGGACACCCAGCCCUGGCUCAGGGAGGGGACAGCCAGUGCUUCCAGCUCCUCCGAGUCCUUCAGGGCCCACCUUGGCACUGGGGGCCCGUGCCACCUGUGCCACCUGUGCCACCUGUGCCCUCGGGAUGCUCUGGCUCCCCUGCCCCACUCCAGCUGAUUGCUGGCAGAGGAGACUCCCAGGGCUGGGAGCUGCUCUCAGGCUGCUGCUGGCGAUUCCCCUCCCUGCUCAGCCUUCCCUGGGCCCUUCCUUCCCUCCUCAGCGGGGCUGGAGCUCCCCUGGGACUGCCUGGCCCAGGGUCCCUGUCCCCAGGGAGCUGCUCCUGGAGCAGCCGUUCCCGAGGUGGCUCCGCUCGGUCGCGUCCUGUGUGACCCGUUCCACCCGGUGCUGGAAUUCACCCUCUGGUCCAGGGCCUGGAAACCUGAGGGGUCUCUGUGUUUUGUCCUGGAUAAAUCCACCCUGGAAUGAUCCCGACUCCCAGGCGUGGCUGGCGUGGAAAAUUCUGCUUUUCUUGUUUUGCCUGAGCCAAAAGCACAGAGAGGAUUAAGGACUGGGAGCAGGGGAGGGCUUGGACAGGGCUGUGAACCCAAAAUGCUUUUGGGGAGCAGAAACUACACAGUGUUUUUGUGAACUAUCUUUGCAGCACUGAGGAAAAAUCACAGGAAUUGGAGUUUUGGGAGUAGAGAUGUGCAGUCAGUGUAUGAAUAUUUGAAAUCUUACUGGUUUUAAAGGGUUUUUUUCUUUUUUUUUUUUUUUUUCUUUUUUUUUUUUUUUUUUGCUCCAUUUCCAUUUUCCGCUCCAUUUGCAGAUCAGGUUUUCACUAAAAGCUGUUUCAAAAUGUUGUUGUGCCAUAUUUUAUUUAUCCUUAUACAUUAUAAAUAUAUAAAUAUAUAUUUAGACUGAAUAUUGCAUUGAAAGAUGCUGUUAUUGGGAACUUCAGGGUUUAAACUUGAGACAAAAAAAAAAAUUGGGAAAUAAUUCUCCAGUACUUUUACUGUUUGGGACCUUCUUCCUGAAGAGGCUCCUUGAGUUCUUUAUGGUGUAAAAACAAAAUCCGAAAAUUCCAAGUUUGACAGUGCUAACCCUGAAGUUCUCAGGUUUGUGAUCCUUUGGUUUUCUCGAGGUACAUCUGGUUGCUUUUCUGGUGCAGUCAAAUAAUUUUUUAAAAGGUUUUGUCUCUGGAGUUAUUGAGGAAAAGGUGGAAUGGGUUGAUCCAUCCUGCUUGGCUUUUUUAAUCUAUUAAUAUUUGAAGUGAUCGAUUUCCAAUUAAAACCCAACUUUUUAGGUCUCUGUUCUACUUAAACUUUUUAGGAGUGAGAGCCUGCCCUCGCUGAGUGGGACUUGGAUGGGGAAAGCAGUAGAUGAUGAGGUUGCUGUUGCUCAGGAAUUGAUUAGUAAACUUUUAACUACUAAUAAAAAUCCAUUUUUCAAUGGAUUUUUAGAAAAACCCAUUUUCUUAGGACAGUGAUAUGGGAUGUUUCCUAGUGAAUAGGAAUUAGUUUAUAUAGUUUAGCCUAUUAAACUGAAUUAUUUAAAAUUCAAACUUCCCCUAAUUUAUCUUUUUUUUUUGUUUGUUUGUUUUUGGUUGGUUUGUUUUUGGUUUCUUUUUUUUUUAUAUAUAUACUGGUAAGUUGUUCUGUCAUUCCUUUCAUUCCUGCCUAGCAGUAGUGUGAAUUCUGGUGUGUAUAUAUGUAUGUAUAAUAUAUAUAUUUCCACCCGGCCUUUCUAAUUCUCCACAAUGUAAGAGUUAGUUUUUGCUCCCCUCCCUCCACUUAAUUUCUUGUGUCUCCCUUGAUUUGUAAUUGAAACGAUGCUUUGAAGUUUUGUCUUUAUAUUAAAGUGUCUGUAUUUUAAUACACCGA